AUGAACACUUCAUUGACUUCGGACAUGAAUAAUGGACAGGCUCACCGCGUCUUCAAUCACUAUCAAUCCAACACCGGCUCUCAUGUCGCUGGCACAGGUGACGACGUUCGCCAGGCGCCGGCUGGGUCCGCCUCGCGCCGAGACUCGGGUCGGCUUCCUCCCCCAGUAUCCGGUGCCCCAGUGGGUCACGAUCAUGCUGGUGAGGCUGAGAACGGGGAUGGCACCGUUGUCGUCACGGGCCAGCAACAAGAUCAGGCCUCGAAAGCCGGCCGAUCCCACUCCAUCAUCGACGGUGCCGGUACAUCCGUCGUUCCCGCCUCCGUUCCGUCUCGAUCCCACGUUCGACGCAAUCCAUUUCAUCGCGCUCACAUUCGUCACCACCAUCAACGGGUACAAAUCUCCUUGGAUGAGGAACACUGUCAGUGUUCCAGCAUCUCGAAAUGCCGCUGUCAGUGUUCCAGCAUCUCGGAAUGCCGCUCACCAAGACGUGCAGAAGUUGUGUACUUCAUGCCGCUAGUAGCUGACGUACCACCUACCCACCAUCGCUAUUAGACCGCAAUCCUUGGUUCAGUUUUCGCUCAAAGUACCGCGUUUAUCUUGCCGAAUUCCUCGGUACUUUGAUUCUAGUUCUGUGGGGUGAAGGCGUAAGUUUGAGAUUGACAUCAUUUUCGGACCGUAAGCACUCCCUUGCGGAACCUGCACCGCGCUGAACCCCUCUUUUAUUCUUCUCGCUCCCUUCGCGCUGGCCAUGCUCAGACCCAAGCCCAGGUCAUUGCUCUUCGUAACGCCCCCAAUGACUAUCUCUCCAUCGCUUGGGGCUGGGGUGUCGGUUUCAUGCUCGCCAUUUCCGUGUCGUCUGGUAUCUCGGGUGGUCACAUCAAUCCCGCUGUCACCAUCUCGCUCGCCGUCUUCCGCAAGUUCCCUUGGCGCCGCGUGCCUGGUUAUAUCUUUUCACAACUCUUGGGGUAAGCUUUUAUCUGGUCGUGCAGCGAUUUGGCCCCCGCGCCCUUGGCUGAUUCUUGCCUCGUGGACGGACGCUCAGUGCUUUCGUUGCCGCUGCCAUCCUUUUUGGUGUCUAUUACGGACCCCUCAACACGGCCGAGAAAGGCUAUCUUGCUGCGGUUUUGACGACCGCACCCGCCGGAAAGCUCGAAGGACUUGUCUCAAUCUUCUUCUCCGUCUUCUCGGGAGCGGCCCUCCUCAUGGGUGCGAUUGCCGCCUUCACCGAUACUGGAAACAACCCGGCCGCCCCUGGUCUGGUCCCCUUGCUCCUCGGUUUGGUCAUGGUCGGCAUCGCCUCGUCCUUCGGUUACCAGACUGGUUUCGUUCUCAAUCCUGCUCGUGAUAUGGGUCCUCGUCUCCUCUCUUGGGCGGUUGGCGCCCCUACUCAAAGUCUCUGGGUCGACAACUACCAGUACGUCAUGUGGACCCCUCCUCGCCUUUUGCGCCCAUAUGCAUGCAGAGCAGCUAGCUGACGGAGGGGUCGCAUUCUUCUUGCUACAGCUAUGGUAUCUGGAUCCCGACCGUGGGUACGAUCUGCGGAGCGUUGUUUGGUAACUUGCUUUACGAUCUCGUACGUUUUCCCCUCGAUCUGAAUCCGUGUAAUGGGACUGAGCGGGAACUGAAUUUGAAUCUUCCUUCUCCUUGUCCCGACGGCAGUGCAUCUACGGUGGUCGCGACUCGCCGCUCAACUACAACUUCUCCAAGUCCGGACGAAGGGCUCACAGGUUAAGGGUCCAGGCGGAGAAGGACUUGGAAAAUGGUGUCCUGCCUGCCGAAGACGGGCACCACCUUGAGGAGAGGCAUAGCGAUAUCACUCUGCGCAACGAAGAUCAAGAGCAAGGCGGUCCCGUCGGCGUGACGACCGAGGGCAAGGAGUACUAG